AUGGUUAGUUUGAGAGACAUUGUGCUGGCUUCCCUCAGGGAUUCCAACCCCAAACUACAGCGCCCCGAACUACAGCGCCCCGAACUACAGCGCCCCGAACUACAACACCCCGAACUACAACACCCCGAACUACAACACCCCGAACUACAACACCCCGAACUACAGCGCCCCAAACUACAGCGCCCCGAACUACAGCGCCCUGAACUGCAGCGCCCCGAACUACAGCGCCCCGAACUACAGCGCCCCAAACUACAACACCCCGAACUACAACACCCCGAACUACAGCGCCCCAAACUACAGCGCCCCGAACUACAGCGCCCCAAACUACAGCGCCCCGAACUACAGCGCCCUGAACUGCAGCGCCCCGAACUACAGCGCCCCGAACUACAGCGCCCCAAACUACAGCGCCCCAAACUGCAGCCCCCCGAACUACAGCGCCCCAAACUACAGCGCCCCAAACUACAGCGCCCCGAACUACAGCGCCCCGAACUACAGCGCCCCAAACUACAACACCCCGAACUACAGCGCCCCAAACUACAACACCCUGAACUACAGCGCCCCAAACUACAACGCCCCAAACUACAACACCCUGAACUACAACGCCCCAAACUACAACGCCCCAAACUACAACGCCCUGAACUACAGCGCCCCAAACUACAACGCCCCAAACUACAACGCCCAAACUACAACGCCCAAACUACAACGGCCCAAACUACAACGGCCUUGAACUACAGCGCCCCAAACUACAGCGCCCCAAACUACAGCGCCCCAAACUACAACACCCCGAACUACAACACCCCGAACUACAACACCCCGAACUACAACACCCCGAACUACAGCGCCCCAAACUACAGCGCCCCGAACUACAGCGCCCUGAACUGCAGCGCCCCGAACUACAGCGCCCCGAACUACAGCGCCCCAAACUACAACACCCCGAACUACAACACCCCGAACUACAGCGCCCCGAACUACAGCGCCCCAAACUACAGCGCCCCGAACUACAGCGCCCUGAACUGCAGCGCCCCGAACUACAGCGCCCUGAACUGCAGCGCCCCGAACUACAGCGCCCUGAACUGCAGCGCCCCGAACUACAGCGCCCCGAACUACAGCGCCCCAAACUACAACACCCCGAACUACAACACCCCGAACUACAGCGCCCCAAACUACAGCGCCCCGAACUACAGCGCCCCCAAAUACAUGCGCCCCGAACUACAGCGCCCUGAACUGCAGCGCCACCGAACUACAGCGCCCCGAACUACAGCGCCCCUCAACUACCAACACCCCGAACUACAACACCCCGAACUACAGCGCCCCGAACUACAGCGCCCCAAACUACAGCGCCCCGAACUACAGCGCCUGAACUGCAGCGCCCCGAACUACAGCGCCCUGAACUGCAGCGCCGCCCGAACUACAGCGCCCCGAACAUACAGCGCCCCCGAACUACAACACCCCCGAACUACAAGCGCCCCAAAACUACAGGCCCCAAACCUACAGCGCCCCGAAACUACAGCGCCCUGA